GUUGACGUUAGCUAGGGUACAAUGCAGCUUUUUUUUACGUUGUACGUCAUGGUUAAAAUAUUUGUUCACGAGUAACGUUAUUUCUCAACAGCUAUAAGCUAUAAAAAGCUUAUAAAAAGUUCACAAGUAACCACUACGAGAACCUUUGCCACGGAGGACGGACGUCGCUGUGGCCGCUCACAGCACUCUGUCAACGGACGCGAGUGCGCCUACGGCCUGCUGAAGAGGACCGGGUGGGAGAUGCAUUUCUACGUUGAGCAAAUGAAGCACAUGCACGUUCUGUGUGUAUAAAUAAUUGUAAAGCACAAUUCACCAAGUGUUGGAUUGUGAGCUCUGAGGGGACGUGGGUGAAGGGUGAAAUAAAAUAGAGGAGUUUAUUUUUGAGUUCGUCAUCCGCUCCCAUUCAUGGGAAUUGAACUUGCCACAUGAUUGCUGGCAGCAAUGAAUGCCAGCUUCGCUAUUUCAUCCAUCAGAUUUACAUAAAAAAUAUAAAUAUACUGUAAUUAAGUAUUGUUGUUAAACACAACAUAUGUAUGUAUGAUUACAGACUGUAUUUGUAUGCCUGAGACUCGCUCGCUUAAAACUCUACUGCUGAAUUGAGUGGGUGGGUAUCGACCGCGAAGUGGGCAGGUACUUGAAUAUUAUUGUCAAAACUACGUCACACUAUCGGCAAUUUAAAUCCUGUCAUUUGGAAGUGGUUUUGGUGUUUAAAGCCUAUUGCAUUCAAUCGACAAACCGCAUAGAUGUCAAUCUUAAACAAGGUCACAAACUCCUUUUGAAGUAUGUAUGCAUAAAACAGUAGAGAAAAAUGGAUUCUCAUGGAAAGGGACUUUUAAGCGAUGCAAAACUAACUUACUUGGUUACUGCCAUUGAAAGGUUGGCUGUACCCGUCCUCAAUUUAUGAAUACAGUACUCUUUUUAUAAUUUAGUGGAAAAUGGAUCCCUUGGACCCUGGCAAGAAUGAUGUUUGUUUUAUAUUACAGUGAAAACAGUGAAUACUGCUUCAGGAGACGCAUUUCUUCUAUUCUUAAAGCCCCACGGAAAUCAAUAUUCACAGAUCCAGAGCAACAGGAAAAUAUGGUUGAAUGUGCCAAACCUACUGAAAAAAGAAAUUCCAGAAGAGUUAGCUUUGCACCAGCCAAUGAUGUCCUCCUUUUUGCCAAGGAUGGUAAAAAUGCCUCCCCACUCCGCAGUCCAUUCCAAGAGUUAAUGUCUACAGCAGUGCUACCAAGACAAAAUAGUGUUCAGGUGUCAAUUGGUGAAGAUGGGAUUCAACAAAUAAUGGGAAUGGAGCCUGUGAUAAGUGCACCUCUUCAUACCUCUGACCUAAAUGGAAAGGCCACCUUUGAACCUGGAGUGGGUUUUGGAGAGAAAACAGUGAUGUAUUGUGAGGAUGAUGGCUUCAUGGAGAUGACCCAGAGUCACACUAUCAACAUAGCUAAUAAUGAAGGCUGUCUUGUAGAUUCUCCACAGAAAAAUAGAACCACCUUGCUUUAUUGUGGAAAGAAGACAGUGAUGUCCUCAGCAGAUAGCAAAUCCUUGGAUAUGAGCCAAAGGUAUAACACGAAUGUCACGAGAGGGUGGCUUUCAGAAUCACAUGGAUCAAAUGUGAAACACUCCGAAGCCACAUUGGAGACUAACAUGUCACAGAUUAAAACCCAAAAGGUAGAUGUGAAUAAGGAAAAUCAAACUCCGACUUCAGUUUAUUCUGAAAUGGGGAAAUCGCCUAAUAACGCCAGGAAUAUUGGACUCUCUCAAGACAUGGAUUUGACAGUUACCCACACAAGCCACAUUACAGGAUUGACAGAUGAUGCUGAUGAUCCUUUUCAGUGUCUUUUCCCCACACAAGAAAUGUAUUCCCAGUCUGAUACUGCAUUACAAGCAAUACACAACACAAAGACCCUGCAGAAGCAGACCGGCAUGACACCAGGAUUAUACAACACAAAAGCAACAUUUGGAAACAGGUUUGAGAAGGAAAAUGCUGAAGAAGAAUCUUUUCAGAUAACUGACACACUCUAUUUAAAGAAUCAGUCUUUUCAUGCACUUCAACGACAAAGGAUGGCUGCAUCGCCGGGCUUGGAGCACACAUCGUUAACGUCACCAUCCUCACAGGGUCCUCAGAUUAAUUCUGAGACUCAAGAGGACUGCAGAGAGCAAGCAGUGAGAUUUACAGAUGGCGAUGCUCACUUGGAUGUGACUGGUACUCAUUCUGUAAACAUAGCUAGUACUUUCACAAUACAAUCACACAAAAUUCUGGACAGUUUACCUACGAGUGAUGAGAGAACAAUGAGGUUCACAGCAUAUGAUGCCACAAUGGAUGUGACCCGAAGCCUUACUGUAAACAUUAGUACCCCUUUUGAAACAGGAGACCAAAAAAAUUUCAACUCUGUGCCUGCUGGAGGAGAGAAAACCAUCAGAUUUUCAGCAAAUGACGCAGUGAUGGAUAUGACGCAAACCCUCACGCCAAUAAUUGACACUCCUUUUGAACCAGGAACACACCACAAUACUAACUUCAUCCCUCCUGGAGGAGAAAAAAACAUCAGGUUUUCAACAAAUGACACAGCGAUGGAUUUAACGCAAAACCUUACCGCAAAAAUUGCUACACAUUUGGAAACAGGUGCACAGCAGAAUGGUAACUCCAUACCCGAUGAAGGAGAGAAAACUAUUAGGUUUUCUGCAAAUGACGCAUGGAUGGAUAUGACGCAAAACCUUACUGGAAUAAUUGACGCUCCCUUUGAACCAGGAGCACACAAAAAUGUCCACUCUGUACCUGCUGGAGGAGAGACAACCAUGAGCUUUUCAGCAAAUAAUGCAGCAAUGGAUUUGACACAAAACUUCACUGCAAUAAAUGAUACUCUCUUUGAACAAGGUGCACACCACAAUACUAACUACGUACCUGGUGGAAGAGAAAAAAAUAGUUUUUCAACAAAUAGCACAGCGAUGGAUGUGACGGGGAACCUCACAGCAAGCAUUGCUACACAUUUCGAACCACAUGCACACCAGAAUGGUAACUCCAUACCUGCUGGAGGACGGAAAACUAUCAGGUUUUCUGCAAAGGACGCAGUGAUGGAUAUGACGCAAAGCAUCGCUGCAAUAAUUGAUACUCCCUUUAAACUAGGAGCACACAAAAAUGUCAACUCUGUACCCGUUGGAGGAGAGAAAACCAGGUUUUCAGCAAAUGACACAGCAAUGGAAAUUACACAAAACCUCACUGCAAUAAUUGAUACUCCCUUUGAACCAGGAGCACACCACACUAAUAACUUUGUACCUGCUGGAAGAGAAAAAACUUUCAGGUUUUCAACAAAUGACACAGCUAUGGAUGUGGCUCAAAACCUCACAGCAAACAUUGCUACACAUUUGGAACCAGUUGCACACCAUAAUAAUAACUUUGUACUUGCUAGAGGAGAGAAAACUAUAAGAUUUUUAGAAAAUGAUGCAGCAAUGGAUGUGACAGGGAGCCUCACCGCAAACAUUGCUACACAUAAACCAGCAGCCCAUCAAAAUAUCAACUUUGCACCUGCUGGAGAAGAGAAAGCCCUGAGGCAAAUCCUCCCUGCAAACAUUGAUUCACGUUUGGAACAAGGAGCACCCCACAAUCAGCCUAUUGCAGGAGAGACAAUUAUUAGGUUUUCAGCAAAGGACACUGCAAUAGAUAUGACACGAAGCCUCACUGUAAACAUUGAUGCUCCUUUUCAACCAGUAGCACACCAGAAUGUUCACUUUGUACUCACUGGAGAAGAGAAAAUGCAGAGGUUUCCAGCAAAAGACGCGGCUAUGGAUGUGACACAAAAACUCCCUGCAAACAUUGAUUCACAUUUGGAACCAGGAGCACACCACAAUGAACCUACCAAUGAACUAGGUACAAACCAGAAUGUUAACUUUAUACCUACAGUGAGAGAGAAUUGUAUGAGGUUUACAGUAAAUGAUGCUGCUAUUGAAGUGACACAAAAUAAUCCUCCUUUAGAACCAGGAACACACCAAAAUGUUCACUUUGUACCUGCUGGAGAAGAGAAAAUGCAGAGGUUUUCAGCAAAAGACGUUGUUGUGGAUGCAACGCAUAGCCUCCCUGCAAACAUUGAUUCAAAUUUUGAAGUAGCAGCACACCACAAUGAAGUUACCAAUGAAUCAGGUACACACCAAAAUUUUAACGUCUUACCUGCAGUUCCAGAGACCUCUGUGAGAUUUAGAGUCAAUGAUGCUGCUUUGAUAGUUCCACAAAGUCAUGCCAUAAACACUGCUACUUGUUUUGAGCCACAGACCCAACAAAACAGAGAGUGUUUUACUUUUGGAGGAGAGAAGACCAUAAGAUUGACUACAAAUGAUGCACCUGUGGAUGCAACACGUCGUCACACUGUAAACAUUGCUGUUAGGUUACUAUCCAAUGAAGUUCCUCCAGCCAAGAAACAAGAAGAGCUUUGUGGUCCGCCAAAAAAAAGAUCUUUAUCAGUUCUCGGUUUAAAUCCAGGACAAAAUAUCUUUUGUAAUACAGGUUUCCCUUCAACUGACCACAUUGUCACGAAGGCAGACCCUCCAUUAGAACCAUACAUUGAAGAAUCGGUUGACAAAAACAAAAUAAGACCAGCGCAGGCUAAAACACUGUAUGUGGAUAAUAAGUACAAAGUUCCAGAAAUUAAAGAUCUUCAUGAUAGUCCUUUAACAACGAUGAAGAACAAGGAUGGCUCUUCUCAAGGAGCAGAGACUGACAUAAACAUCAACCUGACAGAAGUUCAAACAGGCUUUAUUGUUGGAGACAGUUGCUCGGGUGACCCCCCUCAGUGUGAGUCAUCAACACAACACCCAUGUGCUGAUGUUCAAGAGAGCAGAGAGAUGACGUCACAACAAACCAGUGGAGUGCCUGAACUAUCUAGCCAAGAUGUAGUGGAACGUACAGAUUCCAUUGACUCAAAAGAAACUCAGAGAAGCAAUGAAGCUGAAUUAAGAAAUAAAACCAGCCCUUUGUCGCAGAAAUUAAAUUCACCUAAUGCCGGUGACUAUUGCAAUGGUUCAAGUCCUUCCGCGCAGUCUAGACGUUUAAGUUUAGCUAAUCUUCAAUUAAAACUGAGGCGUUUGAGCUGCAUGAAUAGCAAGACAUCUGAGAUUAUUGCCACAGAAAGCUGCACUGCUCCUUUGCCUUGUUUGGACCCUGACGCUGACAAAAACACAAAAGAUAACAAAAAUGAUUUGGUCCCUGAAGUUGUGCCAGAUGUUAAAACAGACUUGGAAAAUGUUGAGGAUGACAAUACACAACAUGGUCCGCAAGACUACACACCCGUGGUAACUCCUUUCAAAUUUAAGACUACAGAGCUUAUGUCAAGACUGUCAAUGAAAGGCUUUAAGCCAAAAAUCCCACAAAGAAGCCCAGCUGACGAACCAAAAAAGGCAAACUCCAUCUAUGCCAAUGCCAAGGAAAAAUCUGUGUGUAUGACAGCAACUGAAAAUAUUACCAGUAAACUGAAGAAGUGGAAUGAUGAUUUGAGUGACAUUAAUGAUGAAGUACUCUGUAGUUGCGAAGAUUUAUCAGAAACACUGGACACAGCAAGUGCCCUCGAACUCUCAGAAAACAUGAUCCCUUUUGAAGAUUUCAACAUAGAUGAAUCCUUACUGGACAAUGUUUUUCAAGAAAACAGCCCAAAUGGUGCCCAAGGAAUAAAGAGACCCUUACCAUCAGAUGAAAACAAUGCAGAGGACAAAAAGAAAAUGAAGGCAUCCAGUGAGAUGGUCCCUAAGGCUGUUGAAAUGGGAAUACCAGCUCAUGUUCUGGAAUAUGAUCGUGUGAACAUAACUACAGUUCCAACAAUGUCAAAUCAGGCCAUGGAUUCCUCCAACAGUACUCACACAAACAGCAGCCGAUAUGACCCUACCGUUAAUUCUAAUUUUAAACAGAGCAUGUUGGAAUCCCAUCUUGAAGGCAAGGAUGUGCAGAAAUUAGAAGAUGGCACUAUAACAAUGCUAGAGUUCUUUCAACUCUUCAGCAUAGACUUUGUGGUCCAUAAGCCCCGGCAAAGCGUCGUUCCUGGCAGACUUCCAUCCGACACUGAUCGCUCAACAGUGGAUGUAUUGAAAGACAGACUUAUAAAUCGUCCCAAAGAAAAGGUCUAUGAAUCUGAUUUUGAGAUCCUCUCUGAAAAGGUGGAAGGGUUGAAUUGCAGAAUGUUGGACUUAAACAAACCUCUCAAGGUGGUCAAUAAAUGUUUGUGGAAAGAGAUGAAAGAAUGUUCUGGAAAGGAGAUGAGAUCUUUUGGUGUAAAAUUAAAAGAAAGAAACAAUUUCUUCAGAAAGAUGAGCAAAGUCCGCUCCCAUGAAAUGAAGGAGGUCCUGUACUCUGAUCUUGUACAAACUAUUACGGACGGGCAACAGAAGUUGAGAAGUACAGUUGAUGAAUCUAAUGAGAUGAUCAAAACUCUGGAUGACUGUAUUUGUGAUUUGGAAGCAGAACUUGCAGCAGUUGAAGAAAAAGGAAAUGAAAACAAGCCAAGUCUGAAGUCACUCCAGGAAGAAAUGAAGAAGGUCAAUGAGACUUUUGAUGAUAAAAAACGACAAAUAUAUGAACUGGAGGUUCAGACAAAGCAGGCUUCAAGAAAAUUGAGCAGUCUGAAAGUUGAGACAAAAAACCUUCAGAGCUACAUUGGCAUCCUCAAUACGAUCAAUGAAUGGCGCUUUAAAGAAAAGACAGACAACUACACAGUCUACACUUUCCUCUAUGACACAUUGCAUCUACAGCUAGAGUACAAAGGAAAUGGGGCUGAUAAGAAACCUGAGCAGAGCAUUUCACAUAUCAAUUUCAAUUUUCUUCUUGAUGAUGAGAAGUCACAGAACCAUGCCAGUAUGGUUCACAAGCUGCUCUCUCAGUACAUCGAGGGUGAAACAGCCUGGGUGGAGAAAUACCCAACAUGCAGACACGUUCCAAAGCUGCUCCAUGACAUGUCCUUGGUGGUCAGUUACUGUCGUCUCUUGGGGGAGGAGUUACGACUGCUGAAAAUGUGGGGAGGUUUACGGCUCAAUAUUGUGGAGAUCAGCUGUGUGGACACUCAAAUCAAUAUUGUCUUCAGCAGUCUGAGGAGAUGCUCCAAGUUUGAGGUCACCUUGUCAGUCAGCUUGGCCAAUCACCUUUAUGUUCUUCAAGUGCAUGGCUUCAAAAAUAUCCUUGGAAACACAACGAGCCACCAGAUCAAACAGAUUGUGAAAUCAUUCACUCCAGGCAAGAAGCUCUUGACAAAGAUUGUCAAAAAAAUUAACUGUCAUCUCCUUUGUUGAGAUUUGUACAAUGUAUUGAUUUAUUUUUCCUCCAUAUGUUCUGUCUGCAGUCAGUCUCUGUAGUUUCCAGAGUCACCUGUAGAUGGCUCCCAUGUUCUUAGUUUUGUUUACAAAAUGACAUAUUGCCUUUACAUACAGUAUGACAAAAUAGUAUGCCCUAUUUUUUUUUUUUCUUUGUUAUUCAUGUAUUAAAUGUGGUCCGUUAAUUCAUCCACCCGUCCAUUCAUUUUCUUUAUAUCUUUCGAUAAUGCGAUGUACUGAAGUGGUUGAUUAGAACAACCUUUUCCUAUGUUGUGUUGACACGCAUUUAGAAAACGUUUGAAAGACUAAAGGACUUGACGCAAAAAAAACCAAAAAACUACUGGCUGCUCAUUUUAGGUUGUUUGGUGUUAAAGUUUUGUGGGUCACAUUACAGUUAGAAAUGCUAUAUUUUAGUUGGCCUUAAGGUGGUGCUAUGGCUGUGUUUUGUAAAGCUUUGAUAUACAUUUAAUCUAUUAAAGGUGAUUUCAUAUGAAUGUAUGGAAUUAAAAAAUUGAUGUUUAUUUCCAUAAUGUAAUUUUCAAGAAAUGUUCAAACUUACUGUUUUUGUUGUGCCUUUGUUGUGAAAUGUAAACGUAAACAACCUUUUCGCUCUUAACGCAUAUCUUGAGUAAUUUUCCUUAAAAUGUUACCUCUCCAGACCAGAGAGCUGCUCUAUUGCAGCUGCUCGACUAAAGUUUAUGUUAGGUGCGUUAAAUAAGUGCAUUUGUGUUACACCGCUUUGCUCCACUGCCUCUUGGGUGAUAGGAAACUGACGUGGACACUGGGCCAAGGUUUUCUGAAAGGUCAAAUGAAUAGAUGCGAGCCUCUGAGAGGGUGGGAUGGGGGCGGACUGUCCAUUUCUGUCCGAUGCCCUGACAUCGAAGGUCAAAGGUGAUUUUCCAAACUGUCUCCUUCAAAUAAGCCAUCAGGGGAGACAAUUUCCUCCCUCCUUCUGUCCUUGCUCUCCCGCUCCAGAAACGACAACUCCUGUCAAACCACAUUGAGGACACCUGAGGUCUUCAGGCAGAGUUUGUUUGAAAGUGCCAUUUGGAGCUGCUAUUUCACUGUCAUUUCAACCCAUUCGCAAGAUAGAAUUUCAUUCAA